GACGUCUGCUUCAACAAUAAAAGCACGGCUACGGCUUCAACCUUUAUGAUAGCUUGCGAGUUAUCAUAAAACCCCAAAGGUUAUCAUAUUAUGCACCGUUUGUGUAGUAUGCGUAUUUCAUUUUGUAGUUUAUGUUUAUUUGUACUUGAUCUCCAAGUUAACGUUUAGUUUCUUAGAUUAGCUUGGGGAAUAACAAAUGCUAACAAACUAGCCAACAUCACCUACCAUGAGCUCAUUAAACUGUUCUCAACCAGUUAAAGAGGUCUGCUGGAAGAGUGAAGCUCUCGUGAAAGUGGAAACGAACGAGCAGUCUGUCACCAUUAAAAAAGAAGCACAGGGUGAGGAAAUUACUGUGAAAGAUGAAGUGUGUUCAGUGAAAGAGGAAGACUUCUCAGUGAAAGAGGAAGACGUUUCUGCCAAAGAUGAUGUCUCUGUAAAGCAAGAAAAACAUGUUUCGGUGAAUGAAGUGGGGGGGCUCACUGUGAACGAGGUGGAAGACACUUUAAUGGUGAAAGAGCCACGUUUGUCACCACCGAACAGUGUAGAUUCACUUUUAAAAACACAGUUUGAAAGGCUGACCCUUCGACAGAAGUUAGACAUAAAGCAGAUGGGACCGGAUAAACCAGACAUUUGGAUCCAACAGACAUCAAAGGACAGAGGAAAGAAGUAUACUCGUAACUUUUCGAGUGCCUGGUACGAAAGAAAGUCAUGGUUAUGCGGCUGUCCCAUUCGGAACAGUGUGUUUUGUUUUCCGUGCCUUUUGUUCCGUUCAUCAGUUAGCGGACAGGCUGCCACAUUGUGGACGGAAACAGGCAUGAGUGACCUAAAACACUUUGCCGAGCGAGUGAAGAAACACGACAUGAGUAAAUCUCACUUGGAGUGCUUAUUCAAGCUAACCAUGCUAGGCAAGGCUAAGUUGGCAACACAAUUAGAAGAAGGAUACCAUGCUAACAUACGCAAACACAACCUCGAAGUUGACAAGAACCGGCACAUCUUAUCUAAGGUAUUGGACUGUCUCAAAUUCUGUGGAGCUUUUGAGUUGGCACUCAAGGGACAUGACGAAGCCAAAGACUCAGACCCGGGGGUGUUUAGGGGACUCGUCGAUUUCAUGGGAUCGCUAGACAGUGCAAUGAAAGACCACUUGGAAGCCACUACAGUGUUUAAAGGCACGUCCAAGACGGUACAGAACGAGCUUCUGGAUUGCAUGCUAGCCACCGUGCAAGCGCACAUCGUGCAAGAGUUGCGGAACGCCGCCUUUGUGUCCAUAAUUGUGGAUGAGACGACAGACAUCACGACACACUGUCAGCUGGUCAUUAUUUACCGCUACGUUGAUGCUACAAACACGCUGCAAGAGCGAUUUUUCUCCUUUAUCAAACUUGAAGGAGGUUCUAAUGCGGAGGCUGUCAGCAGGGCUCUCUUGGAAAACCUAGGCUUGAUUUUUCCAGAUCAAGCCGCAGGCAAGGAAAAACUAAUUGCUCAAACAUGUGACUGGACGAGCUUGAUGUGCAGGUCAACUGCUGGCGUCGGGAAAAUAAUUCAGGAUGAAUACCCAAACGCUCACUUUCUACACUGUUAUGCGCAGCAGCUCUGUCUUGUGAUGCAAAAAGCAGCAUCGGCUGUUCAACGGGCACGUGUGUUCUUUUCUGAUUUAAGCGGGUUCUCAACCUUCUUCUGGCAGUCCCAGAAGAGAAUUGAUGUGCUGAACAGAACUGUUACAAGUAGACUCCCCCGUGCCCCGCAGACCCGUUUGAAUUUCCAGAGCCGUCCCGUAAAUGUGGUGUUUGAACACAAGGACCACCUGUUGGAGUGCUUUCAAACCAUUCAAUCGUCCGAGGACUUUGAUAACAUCACAAUCAGAGAGGCAACAGGAUUUGUGAGAAUGUUACAGGACAAAGAGUUCCUGUUUUUCCUUGAAUUGUUCCAUCACAUAAUGCGCCUGGUGGACAUUCUUUCUGCACAGCUGGAUGAUAGACACAUUGAAGCUUCGCAAGCGCAGGAGGCCGUCAAAGACUUCACCAAUGCCGUGUCCCGGGUGCGUGAUUCGGUGCCCUCGCUCUGUGUCAAGUACUCUGACGCUGAAACCAGAAUUGUUGGUGACCGGCAACAACAGGCAUACGAGGUUUGUGACAGAAUUAUUCUAAACACAAACGACCGCUUCACAUUCACCCACCACCUGACUGGAGCCACCUUACUGGAAAGUGAUUGUUUCCCUGACUACGCCAAGGUCUUCCCAACUGAAGCGCUGGCGAAAACGGCAGAAGCCUAUCCCACGCUGAACAAAGCCAGGCUACAGACAGAGCUCUCACUAAUGUACGACAGCCCCGACUUCCGGUGGUCCAAGAGCGCCCUGGCUCUGUUCAAGUUCAUGUUGGAGAACAACUUGCAGGAGGUGUUUUCAGAGACCGUGAAGCUGCUCCGCAUUCUUAUAACAACGCCAAUGACCACGUCAGAGUCCGACCGGUGUUUCUCCACUCUCAGGAGAGUGAGGACGUUUCUGGGGAGCACAGUGUCAAAGGACCGACUGCAUGCUCUCGCAAUGCUGUCCACUGAAAAAAAACUCACUAGAGAAAUACCCGACUUCAACAAAAAAGUCAUAGAGAAGUUUUCCCUCCUCAAAAACCGAAGGGCGAAGUUUGUUUAUAAGUAAGGACAGGGGAUACCAGAUUCCGUUUUUGGGGUAAAAGGAAAUGUGAUUUAUUUGUAUCUAUGUCUGACCCUUUCAUUAAUUUAUAGGUUAUACACAGCAGGGCUCAAUGUUAAAUUUUUUGAAAACUUUGAAACUUACUGGCCCCAAGACAAUAUUUACUGUCUCCCUCCAAAAGUUGUAAUUUAUCAUUGUUACAACAAAACCAAAGACUUAAGUUAUGUAAUUCUGUUAACAUGUUUUAUUGUUUCUUACAUACAUCCUGGAUAUAAAAAACUAAAACAUUUAAU